UUCGCACGACCUGAAAUAUUACCAUCAGCAGAUGGAAGCAUUGAGCAACAUUUUGGGUUGAAUUUGGCAUCCAGUCGGUGAACCAUCUGUGCGUCUUGUUGCCGCCUUCGUGUACAAAACACAAAGCAUUAUGGGUCUUGUAGUCUAGCACCAGCCCUAAUACAACGCAUGCAUAUGUGAAUGGAACUACAUUAUCCAUAAAACAGAAACGACAAAAUCACUUCGUCUGGAUUAUCUCACAAACCGAGUUCCCAAUCUGAGGAAUGACAAUCGAACAAGAGGAAAUCAUGGAGUUAUACGUUAAAUCAUGGGGAAUAAAUUUAUAAGAUUGAAUCUGAACUUUUAUAUUAAGAAUAGUGCAUCUAAUAAACUGCAUGCACUUCAGAUUGAUGAGCAACUUCAUGGUUGAGAAUGAGGAAGUAACGGGCUCGGUCCGUUAUCGCCUGUAUUAGACUGUGCCGGAUGAUGGCAAACAUGUCCGGGGAGGAGUACGGGUGUCCCGAGGCGCAGCUGGUCACGGAGGCCGGGCCCAACUGGCUCCGCGCGGAGAUCGAGCGCCUGACGCGGGAGCUGAGCGAGACGAGCCGGGAGAAGAUCCAGGCGGCGGAGUACGGGCUCGUGGUGCUGGAGGAGAACCAGCAGCUGAAACAACGCUUUGAUGAUCUGGAGAAUGAAUAUGAGACCGUCAGACAAGAACUGAAUCAGCUCAGAGAGGUGAGACGAAAUGAUACAAUAAUGUUACAAUGCUGCGACUUACGUUCUAAAUGUUUGAGUUUGCGAGCAGCGGCGCACAAGAGGAAAAGUGUACCAGUCUCCACCCAUUCUCACUCUUUUUGUGUGCUUUCAUUGUUCUUCAGCAUUUGCAUAUGUACAAGCCAUAACCUUAGUCUUUGGUUGGUUUCUCCUAAAUCUCUUCCAAAGGUGGAGUUUGAGGGACUUAAGCAUGAGAAUAGACGCUUGGAAGAGGAAGUGCAGUACUUGAACAGCCAGCUAGAGGAUGCUGUUCGGUUACGAGAAAUAGCUGAGCGUCAGCUAACGGAGGCUCUAGAAACCGUAAAGACCGAGCGGGAGCAGAAAGCAGCUCUUCGAAAAGAAUUGACACAUCACAUGACCCUGGGAGACUCGCUCCUUGCCAGCUCAUUGGAUGGGCUCAAACUGAGUGCAGAUGAACCAAAUAACGACGAUGCCAUUCUGAUGUUUGAAAACGGAUUUGCUAAAGUCAGCGACGCUAACGAUGAAGAUAACAGAUUGUCUUCACCCAAAAGAGAUGGAAACUUCCGUCCCGCACCAAGUCUGGUGGAUGACUUGUUGACAGAGCUGAACAUCUCAGAAAUCCAGAAACUCAAGCAACAGCUCUUACAGGUGGACCGGGAGAAGGUAGCUCUUCUCACCACUUUACAGGACUCUCAGAAGCAGCUAGAGCAUGCUCGAGGAACAUUAGCCGAACAGCAGGAAGCUAUGAUGAGACUUAGCGAUGAUUUGGGUGUAAUGAGGAGACUACAGGCAGGCAAGGAGCGGCAGUCGGCCUUGGACAGUGAGCGAGAGCGGGACAGUCGAGAGGACAAUGAUGUGGACUAUUAUGAGCUGGAUAUCAAUGGGCCAGAGAUUCUUCGCUGCAAGUAUGAGGUAGCCAUAGCAGAGGCAGGUGAACUGCGAGAGGAGCUUAAGACACUAAAAUCAGAGCAUGAUGCGAUGAAGGCCGAGUAUGAAGAGGUACGGGCACGACUGGAGGGACAGGUGCGUGACCUCAGCAUUCAAGUGUCUCAGCUGGAGAGCAGCAGUCGCACAGACAGAGAUCAAGUCACUCGGUUGGAAAAGGAGCUAAAGGAAGUGAGUGCAGUUGCGGGCGAGACAGAAGGCAGUCUCAGCGUUGCCCAGGAUGAGCUUGUUGCCUUUAGUGAAGAGCUUGCAAACCUCUACCACCAUGUCUGCAUGUGCAACAAUGAAACCCCGAAUCGUGUCAUGCUUGAUUUUUACAAAGAGGGUAAAGGAAACAAGACCGAUGGUAAAGAUCGUCAGUCUACGUUGACCCAAACCAGUGGCAGCACAGCCGAGGCACCCAGGUCAACCUCCACCGCUGCUGACAGCUCAACUUCUGGGACAUCAGUCAGAGAAGAUCCACGUCCUGAACCAAUGGACAUCUACAACCAAGUAGCAAUAAUUCGGGAUCAGAUACGCCACUUGCAGAAGGCGGUGGACCGUACCACAGAACUAUCCAGGCAAAGAAUUGCUUCUCUAGAGUUGGCCGCCGUGGCGGAUAAAGACCAAGCUGCUUGCAUGGAGGAGAUUUUGAAGCUCAAGUCCCUGCUGAGCACUAAGCGAGAACAGAUUGCCACGCUGAGGACUGUGCUCAAGGCCAACAAACAGACAGCUGAGGUUGCCCUGGCAAACUUAAAGAGCAAAUAUGAGAAUGAAAAGGUCAUGGUCACCGAAACUAUGAUGAAGUUGAGGAAUGAGCUGAAGGCUCUUAAAGAAGAUGCCGCCACUUUCUCCUCUCUCAGGGCAAUGUUUGCCACCAGGUGUGAUGAGUAUGUAACUCAAUUGGACGACAUGCAGAGGCAGCUGGCUGCAGCAGAAGAUGAGAAGAAGACUCUGAACUCCCUCCUGCGUAUGGCCAUCCAGCAGAAACUGGCCCUCACUCAGCGACUGGAGGAUCUGGAGUUUGACCACGAGCAAUCCCGAAGAGGAUCCGGUGCUGGGCCUGGAGGCUGUGGGAAGACUUCAUCUAGCCGUGGCAGAGGACCCUUGUCGUUUUCCAGCCCCCAUGUAAGUCCUAGACUUCCCUGUAAGAACCGACCACAACCACACGGCCUCAUUGGAAGUCCUGCGGUUUUCUGCAGUGAGAAGUAUAAAAUUCUGUGUGACACUGGAUCCGAUUAACACCUGUGUGUAAUUGUCACUCAUCAGCAUCCUCAUGCUAACUAACAAUCCUUUUACUGUAUGUGUGCUUGGGACAAAACAAUGCUAGCAUGUCACUGUUUGUGCUAACAGUUGAUGGCUUCAUUAAUACUUGUCUAAAGGUCGGGGCCUAGUCCUUCUCCUGUAGAUCUAUCUGGAGAGAUUGGAUGGGUUGGUAAUGCUAUCUACUAGGGUUAUCACAAUCACUACAUUUUUUUUUUGUAAUAGGCAGACUCCAUUAUUUUGGUACCGAAAUGAAUCUCUUUAGUUUCGACAUUCGGCACUCUUGACAUUUGUACUACCUGCUGUUUUUUUGUUUUUUUAAAGAAAGCAGUCUGGCGCCGACAUAUAGCGAUGUUGCGCUCGGGGCGUCCCGAGUUCGAGUCCCGGCUCGCAGGCCUGAUCCCAUCCCCUCUUUCCCGAUCCCAUCUCUCUCCCACUUCGCUUCCUG